AUAUUAGGCUUAACUCGUAAGAAGUGGCCUUUGGCAAGGAGGCAGUAAUGGGCUGCGCCUAGUGAUUUUAUCCCCAAAAUUUCGGGCGGGAGCGCUCUCAUUUUCUUUGGCGCCAACAAAUUUGGGCAAGCUCUAGCCUAGUACAGUACUCCUGCUUGGCGAGAGAAGGACGGAGAACCAAAAUCUUGGGGAGGUAGAAUGAGGAAGCAGAAUAAGAAGAAGACGUACCCGAGCAGAAUCCGAUCGUCCGGCGGCCAGACCACCCUGCAAUCGUUCCUCUUCAAGCCCAGAGCUGCCGAUGGGGAACCGAAUCCCUACCCGCCGCCGCCGCCGCCGCCGGUAGCGGAGGACGACGAGGUUCCGAACUCUCCGCCGGCGCCGCCGAAGCGGGAGAUCGUCAGAGUCACCAACAAGACCAUCAGGGAGAAGGCGAGCGCGUUCUCGUCGGUGGGCUCCUCGGCGAGGCGCGGGGCCGACGCGAGCGCUCUGGACGCGGCGGUGUUCAGGCGGUUCAACGGCUCGUCGCCCCCGGCGGCGAGAGCCGCCGCUGCGGAGGCGGGGGGCGACGCGGACGACGGCGGCGUCCGGCUCGACGUCGAGGACAUCGCGGCGGGGAGCCGCCGCUGGGAGUCGCGGAAGCGGAAGGGGCCCUUGGGAGGCAACGAGGGGCGCGCGAGCAGCAACGCCGGGCACGUGGUGGUGCUUGGUGAUGACCCGAAGCCGAGGCUGCCGAAGGCGACGAGGACGAGGGGAAGGAUCGCUGGCCGCGGCGACGGCGGCCGUGGCCUGUACAACCACUACGCGAACGGCGGCGGGCUGUGGCAGGGCGAGCAGGAGGGCGUCGAUGGCGAGGAGGUCGGGUGGACCGAGGACAUGUGGGAAGGCAUGGGCUCCAUCACGCUCGGCGGCAUGGAGUGGCACUAGCUAGCUGGAUUCAACAGCCGCCGCUCGGCGGCAUGUCAGUCAGAUCCCAGUUUGCAAGUAAUGACGUGUAAUGUAAAAUUCCAUGAAACCAGUCUAGCUUUGUUUCAAGUUCCAGACUACGUUAUCCUGCGUUAAAACGUUCGUGCAAUUUAUUAUGGCAAAGAAAAGACUGGUUUCAAUAAUAGCCGCGGAUUUGAAGAA